UGUAGCUUCAAAUAUGGCAUGCUUCCAAGGAACGCGUACAUUCGCUUUGCCAUAUACACACCGCGCUCAGUAUAAACAUCCCUCCACGCACGCGAUAACAGCCACAACACCGCGCUGCAUCAUGACCACGCACCAUUCUAAAGCGCCCACUUCGCUCAAUCUCAUGUUGGCUUGAUGUAAUAUAUCAGGGUUGGCGGUAAUGAUUUGUGGUAGCGCAAGUGCAGGCGCCGGUACAGGUGCAGAACCGUGGAACGCGUUGAACUACGGGUCUCAAUGAAUAUGGUUACUGGAGA